AUAUGCUGUUGCAGCCUUAAAAUGUGAAAACCCCCAUGAAGUAUACACUGAAUGUGGUUCAAGUUGUCAAAUUAGUUGCCAUGAUAAACAAUACUCAAAUGACCAAUGUGUUGAUGAAUGCAUUCCUGGCUGCCGUUGCCCAGCUGGUAAAUAUUCUGAUGCCAAAAAACAAUGUGUUCCAGCAAAAAAAUGUACUUGUUAUGAUCGAGUGACGCAGAAAUAUUUCAAUGCUGGGGAAAGUGUACGAAGAGCUUGUGGCAAAUGCUAUUGUAAUAAAGGUCAAUGGAACUGCAGAUCAAGCCACUGCAUUGAAGAGGUCAUUUGUCCAAAAAAUCAAGUGUGGAGAACCAAUGCUAGCAGUUGUUUCAAGACUUGCCUCUCUCUUAUCCGACCUUUGGCUUGUAAAGAGAAUUCAGCAACCACAGGCUGUACUUGUCCUGAAAAUAUGGUUCUUGGACCAAAUGGCCUUUGUGUCCCACCUCAGCAAUGUCCUUGUCGUUAUGGAGAUUCAUGGGAAAAUGCAGGAUCAGUUAAAAGAAUUGGUUGCAAAGAACUAAAGUGUAGAAAUGCUACCUGGAUAGAUACUGAUGUAGGUGACUGCCCAGCAACCUGCUUUGUUUCUGGAGACCCACAUUACCAAACAUUUGAUGGUAAAUUCUAUUCCUUCCAAGGAGAUUGUGCUUAUGUAUUGGCUCAAUCAAGUGAAGAUAAUACUUUUUCAGUCGUCACAAGAAAUGUGAAAUGCGGCUUAACUGGUGUGACUUGUACAAAAGAGAUUACAGUUACUUUAAAAGGAAAUGUUAUAAGUUUAUUCAAGGACAAACCGACAACAUUAAAUGAAGUGGAAAUACCAGAAGAAGGAUAUAUUUCUUCCAACAUUAUGAUAAAAAGAAGUGGAAUUUUCCUCAGUAUUCUCACCAAAUUUGGUUUGACAGUUCAAUGGGAUUUAGGUACAAGAAUCUAUGUCUUUCUAAAGAAUACAUGGAAAAGGAAAGUUGAAGGACUUUGUGGAAAUUUUGAUGGAAUAAUGAACAACGACUUUUUAUCCAAACAGAAAUCACUUGAGCAGAAACCUUCAUCAUUUGCACACUCAUGGAGGGUCUAUGAAUGCCCAGUCAGUGAUAAACUGGAUUCAGAAAAUUAUGAGCCGUGUGAGAAAAAUUCUUAUCGAAAACCAUGGGCAACAGACAUCUGUAGCAUAAUUAAACAUGGUGCUGUAUUUGCUAAAUGUCGUGCUUCACUGCCAAAUAUUGUUAUUGAAACUUAUUACCAAGAUUGUCUUUUUGAUGCCUGUGGGUGUGAUCUUGGAGGAGAUUGUGAAUGUGUGUGUACAGCUAUAUCUAAUUUCCAUACAAAGUGUGCUAUUUAUGGAUUCCCUGUACGAUGGAGAAAACAGGAUCUUUGCCCUAUCCAAUGUGAAAAUAAGAUGGUAUACCUUGAAUGUGGACCUGCCAAUCCACCAACAUGUUAUGAUGAUAAAUCUGCGAAAAUAUUUGCUAAUUCUCCAUCAUAUUGUGUUGAAGGAUGUUUUUGUCCACCUGGGCUUCUCCUUGAUGGAGGAAAGUGUGUUACCAGGGAUGAAUGUCCAUGUCACAUCGAUGGAAAGUUUUUUUCUCCUGGAUCAGUUAUUUUGAAAAAGAAUUGUAUGAAUUGUACUUGUACCAAGGGUGACUUACUUUGCGUGAACACUACAUGUAAAAAAUGUAAUAUGGAUGAGUUUGAAUGUGCCCCAGGGACAUGUAUUAUGAAAAACAGAGUAUGUGAUGGUUACAUUGAUUGUGAAGAAGGAACUGAUGAAGAAGAUUGUCCAUCAACAGUGGCUCCAUAUACUACAUUUAUGACAACAGUGAACUUUGUAAAUACACGUCAGAAAUACACUAAAUUCAUUGCUGUACUUAUUGUAAACUCUUACUUCAUGAAUGACAUCCUUGUAUAUGAUUUGGACACUUAUCCCAAGCUUCUCUCAGCUUGA